AUGGGAGGCGUGGCAUCGGAGCUGGUGGGAGCCAGCAGGGAGAGGCAGAGCAGGAAGAGGAAGCAGUUCCACACGGUGGAGCUCAAGGUGAGGAUGGACUGUGAUGGCUGCGAGCUCAAGGUCAGGAACACCCUUGCCCGCAUGAGAGGGGUGGAGUCGGUGGAGAUCAACCGGAAGCAGCAGAAGGUGACGGUGAAGGGGUUCGUGGAGGCGCAGCGGGUGCUGAGGCGCGCCCAGUCCACGGGGAAGCGCGUCGAGCUGUGGCCCUACGUGCCCUACACCAACCUCUACGUCGCGCCGCCGGUGUACGACAAGAGGGCGCCGCCGGGCCACGUCCGCAGGGUGGACGCACAAAUCGUCGCGCCCGCGGCUGGCCAGGAGGAGCACCUCGCCACGCUCUUCAGCGACGAUAACCCCAACGCCUGCUCCCUUAUGUGA